UCUUUCUGUCACGCACGUGUAUAUUUCCUCACUCAUUACGACUUGUACAAAGAAAAUGGAGCUAUUAUUAUUCGUCUGAAUUUCUUCAGAACAAAAGAGCGCAUGAUAAAAUAACGAUAACUGACCUAAAUUGAGGCACACCCGUUUCGCGAACUCAAAUCGAAUGCGAUAUCGAGUCACGACGGCGCGCUCCGUCAUCCGGCAUUGACAGUCGAUCGAAUGGCCAACGUUAGAUUGCACGGGAGGCAACUGUUUACAUCGCGAAUAAGGUGUUGAAUCAUUGUUCGUCAUAGCUGCACGUCAUUAUCAUCUCGUGUUAUCAAAACUCAGCUGAGACAUCGGUCAGCGUGUCAAAGUGUAAUGUAAUUCAGUCAGCGUCUAGCAGCCUGCUUGGACUGUCAUAUUAGGUUGUAUUAUACUAAUCAGCCGUUUUCAAUUAACCGACACACAGUUUGACUACGUUGAUAAUAGCUCGUGAUAACGCGCAAAUAACUUAAUAGAUACUGUUUAGCAAAACGUUUAUCUGUUCACGUUCAUAACAAGUGAAACUUUAACCUAUUCUGUCCCCACGGAACAUGUACACGAAUGGUCGACACCUUGGUCGAUGGGCGACGAGUGAUUAUCAUUGAGGAUAUGUAGUGCUAUCAUUGUUUGCUCAGCCGAUUAGACGUGUGAAGCAGUGUAAGAUCAGCACAGGGAGCCAAAACAAGUAAGCCAAGUGGACGCAGCAUCGCUCAGAUGUCGUUGAAUGAUGACUUCGACAGACCGUUCGAGGAUUCCGAGCCGCUGCAGUGGGGUGCGUUGCGGGAAAUAUGCUGUGCCAAUGUGGAGUACUUUGCGUCCCAUCAGGACGCGAACGGUGUCAGGAUCAAGGCCGCGCUUCUAGCGAUCCUAGAUCAUCUGGAUCAGCUGCGGCCCUUGUACAGGGAGGUGGCCAAAUUCGCUAUAUACUUUGACUACGAUGAAGAGGUGCCCGGCAACGGGUACAGGAGUUUCCUCUCGUUGAUCGACAAGAGUAUUUUGCACUCUAACGCGGUAUGCCAAGAAAUAUAUCGUCAGAAGAAUUCCAUACUGUCUCGAAAGAGUUAUCACAUGAGGGAGAUAGAAGCAUGCUCCCAACUAUUAGCCUCAUUGUAUACAUGUUUGCAACAUUUAAAAACACUUUACUCAUGGAGCACAGAGGUGAUAAGCGAUGGAAAGUUAUCUUUGUUCCCACCAGAGAACCGUACUAUUCAGGAACUUCUCAGUCAGAUGGGGAACAUUAAUCAGUACUGUUACUAUGGCAGAUGCCUAGGAUUCCAGUUUUGUGACAGCCUAAAACAUGUUUUGAAAACUAUAACAUUUGGUAUGGCUUCUUAUAGUGAAGUUUUUUAUAACAAUGGUACCUUGUUAGGACGAUGGACUAAUUUUGUUAAGUAUUUAUUGGAUCCUGAAGCAAGGGCUCGUCGUAUCGUUAAUAUAUCUCAGCAUGCUGAUAUCUCUUUCUGUCAAGCAUUUUGGUUCCUCAAUGAAUCUGAGUUACUACCCAGAUUACCAUCCAUAAAAAGGCAUUUAGCUAUCAAUCAAGUGAUAUCCAUUCCACCCGAAGAAUUAAUCUUGCCUACUCUUGAUGGUGGAACCAUCUCAAUUCCAAUACCAAAUAGUCAUAUAGGAAAGAAACCGAUCCAUGUUAGAUUGCUCAGUUCAAAACGGCGUUUAGGAAUGGUUGGAUCUGGGGGUAUAGGAGGAGAAUUACUAGGCCUAUGUGAUGGAUUGAUCAUUCACAGUCACGGAGGUGGAUUUGUAGCUCAAACGUCCCGAUCGCACGAGAUAUAUUUGCGAAGCUGGGCGGUGAAGCUUGGUGUACCAAUUUUAAGUAUAGAUUAUAGUUUAGCUCCGGAAGCUCCCUAUCCUCGUGCACUUGAAGAGGUUCUGUACACUUACGCGUGGGCAUUGAAGCAUGCGAGCACGCUACUUGGAAGCACAGCAAAGAAAGUGAUAUUUGUCGGUGAUUCCGCGGGUGGUAACUUAAAUCUUGGGGCCACUAUGAGAUGCUUACAAUUAAAUAUAAGGAAGCCAGACGGUAUCUUUAUGGCAUACGCACCGAUACUUAUUGAUUUCGUCCCGUCGCCGUCUCGUAUGCUCUGUAUCACGGACCCGUUAUUGCCAUUCGGAUUCAUGUUGCGAUGCUUGAAAGCUUAUGUUGCAACUGACAACAAGAAAAUCACAAAGGAACAAGAAGUUGAAGAGUGUGCCAAAUCGGAUACGGAAUCUUUUGCGGAAGUGAGCGAAAGUGACCUUAUAGCGCUGGCUCUGAGUCCAAAUGGCGACGGUGCAAACGGCACCCAGAAAUUGGUAUCCUUACCGUCCGAUUCCACAUUGAAUUCCGUCAGUCUGACAGAAGUCGAUGGUACUGAAUGUCCGAAAGUAGAGGAAAAGUCGCGGGAAUAUAUCAGCAGAUUUGUAGAUAUGUACAGAAACUCAGGCCUCGCUUCGUCAUCGUCCGUUGCGAAUGGCAGUGACAGCAGAGAUGGUAAUAUUUCAGGAAGCGACAAAUCGUGGUCUCUGUUCGGAUGGUCUUUCGGAAAGAAUAGUAAGGAGACCAGGCAACUCGAUGUGGAGAAUGGCAAAAGUCCUUUGGUGGAGCUCAACUUCACGAUACCGAGGGAUCCAUUCUUGAGUCCGUAUCUCGCGCCAGACGAUACAUUAGUCCAUCUGCCGCCUAUAAAGUUACUGUCGCUACAACUUGACCCUUGUCUUGAUGAUUGCGUCAUGUUCGCGAGGAAACUUCGUUCGCUUGGUAACAAAGUUACAUUGGAUAUAUUGCCGGGAUUGCCGCAUGGAUUUCUCAAUCUUUUAUUGGUUUCGAAAGAAGCGGCGGAGGCCACCGAUCUUUGUGCUACGAGAAUCAAAGAGUUGUUGGAAUUGUAACUAUACAACGCGGACGUGGUAAUAUUAUUGUUAACAUAUAAAUGCUGAUCUAGGGUAAAUGGGAGAAGUACUUUAAUGUCGCAAUAAUUAUUUAUCCGCGAUGCGACAAGCACUAUUAUUAUUUUCAACGGCUUAUGUCAAUGAUUUCUAAUGACAUUUCAGGAAUACGUAAAUAAUGGUCGAAGCUUUUAGCCGAUCACUGUCUACUGUAGAUAAAGUCCACUUUAGACGAUCUAUAAUUCGCGAAUUUUUACUACAACAAAGUUAAUUUAAUCGGUAUUAAAUAAAAAUUUAAUACUUCUAAUUACUAUUAAAUUUAUUUGAUAAUGACGUAAUUCCCGCGCUAAAACUCUCAUCAAAAUCAUAUUCAGAGCUUCCAGGAGCAAAACUUCCGAAAGCAAAUUUCUUUUCUGUAAAUUUCUUUUGUUCAUUAUUACUUAAAAGAAUCUCUUUAAAAGCUUCAUCAUAUAUUUAUUAGACGAUUAAUGUAUAUAGUGUUUAUUAUCAUAUAAAAAAAAAUAGGUCGGGAUUGGUGUCUCGCAAUGUUUUAGUGCCAUUUAGAGAACUUUGAUAUCAUUUUCUCGAUCGAUUCAAAACUAGUAAAAUUAUUCUAGUUAGUUAUAGUAAAAGAAAAAACUUAGUUACUAUCCAAAUUAAUAUCAAGAACAUAUUAAAUCCAAAUAGCGAACGGUAACUGCGAGUGUAAUUCGUCAAAUAUUUGAUUUUAAUAUAGAUAUCUGCUCCAAGUUCCAUCGCGAAUCAUACAUCAUCUAGAAAAUGGGCUUUAACAAUUACUAUCGAUAUUAUUACAUAUACAUCAAUGUGUCGCAUUAAAACGCAACAUUGUCUAAAGCUAUUUAGAAUGCAGGUGUCCUAAAAUAUUCUUCUGACCGCAAAUAUUAGCGAUGAAGGUAAGAACAUCUUGUACAUGUAAAAAAAACAAGUUUGAAGAGUACUUAGUAUUAUAUUCUAAUUUCUUACACGCGCGCUAAAGUUACGUAUCGCUAUAAACACAUUUACGAGGCACUAUUAUACAAUGCGUGAGACUUCCUUGGCACGUUUUCUCGUGCAUUCUUAUAUAUACUUCUCUGUAAUAUAUACAUACAUUAUUUCACACCAAAGAAAUUUUAAUAUACGAAAUACCGCGCGCAAAUAUCGAGUGCAAUACUUCUUAUUUUAUGUAUAUUUUCAAUACAUGUACAAUUGUUUUAAUAUCACCAUUUUAGGAGGAAUAUGGCUUAAAUACUAUGUACAAAUUUUUCAAUACAUAUUAGUAGAAAAGAUUGAUGGACAAUAAAAACAAUAUGUAAAAAUUUA